CCUGUGCUAACUUUUCUUCCGCGAUGAUCUGGGACCCAGUGUAUCGGUUGAAAAUGGCGGACGCAUGUGAAUUGAGCAGCGCGAAAACUCAACAUACCAAGAAAAUGCCUUCUAACACGAAAAGAAAAGCCGAUGUUAGUGAAAUUGUUCAAACCCCUAAAAAAAUUAAGAAACCCUCGCCAAAUCUCAGGCAGUGGACGAAGGAAGAGGAGCUACAAUUGCUCAAGAAAGUCCGCGUUGCUUUGGACGAACAGGAGAAUACAACUGGAAAGCAUGGUAUGUACCUGAAGUCAUUAGAUCUAAAAACAGUUACACUACCAGGCUUCUCAAAUGAAGAAAUACAGACCAAGUUCCACCGGCUAUGUCAAUCAGUGAGAAAGAUGAGAACUGCAAGGGAAGUAAUUGAAGAUAUUAAGGUCCCUUCUCAUGCAAACAGGUCACCAAAGACGCCAAAGCCUUUUGUUGACCCAAAUCAGCCGAAAAUGCCGCUGACGUCUUAUUUCAGAUACUGCCAAAAACACCGGGCCAAGUUAGCCAAGAAGUAUCCUAAUUUGAAGAGCACCGAACUGGCUGCAAAGCUAUCGAAAAAAUGGAGGAAAAUGUCCGAGGAGAGGAAGAAAGCAUACUCUGAGCAGUAUGAAGAGGAGAAAAAGGAAUAUGAAACACAACUGCUAGAUUUCCUGAAAAAUAAGUACCCAAAUGUAGAGCCCCCACUCAGUGCCUUUGAGCUAUGGGCAAACCAGGCGCGAAAAGAUUUACUUGUUAGCAACCCUGACAUUUCUGCAAAGAAACUUAAAAAGAAGCUCAAACGAAAAUGGAAAGAAAUUGACGAGAAAGGCAAGAAAACCUGGAUAAAGAAAGAAAAAACUGAAAUGAGGAAAUAUCAGAAAAAGAUUAAGGAAAUUGCUGUUACUCCUCGUGCCUUACUGCAUACUGAUACAGAGAACGGCUUCAAGCAUACCGACACUGAGAACAGCACAAAACAUAGUGACACUGACUGAGAUGUUUGGGUGAAAGAGUGCUAAAAGGCAGGCAGUAUUGUAUCUUGACUUGCAUUUAACUUUUCAGAAAGUUUCACCAUUCUUGCCUACAGUUUUUUAAAUUUGUUAUAUAUUUUACUAGUUAUUAAAUUUAAAAAAAAAUCUGCAAGGUUUUAUAUAACCAAAAACAAAAAAAAACAUUUCAAUGCAUUUCAAAGAAAAAAAAUAUAUAUUGAUUUAUGGGCUUGUGUCCAAGUGAGAAUCAGUAUAUGGGAUACCAUAGAAACCUCAUGAAGUGGAUUGACAAUAACUUUGGAUGGCCAAGAUUAAGAAAACUGAAGCAGAUUAGGUCAUGUAUGUACAUACAGUUCUAUUUAGAGACAAACAUCAAGAUAUUUUAGUGGGGGUGCCAGCACUUGUAUGGGGUAACUUUUUCUUAGUCUUUUAAUCUGAUGUAUCUAGCAAAAACAAAUAUUAAGAAAUGUAUUGGAACAGCCACAUUGUGCAGAAUGUUUUUAAAUGCAAAUAACAAAACUAGUGGUCAGA